CCUCCACACUCCCUCUGCUCUUGCAUUCACAGCCCCCGCUUGCCUAGACUGCGCCAUCAUGGACGCCUCCGCUCGUCUCGCCUUCAACAUGAAGGUGCUGCGGCGCCACGAUGCAUCCAUCGACGACAUUCUCGAGUCGGCGUCCUUCGUCGUGCUGUACGAGCACACUGAUGAUGGCUGGGCCAAGACGGGCAUUGAAGGCCCAAUGUUCCUAUACCGCCGCAACGCGGCGCCCUCGUACGGCUUCUUCAUCAUGAACCGCAACGGCGUCGAGAACUUUUCCGCUGCGCUCAGUCUCGACGACGACCUCGAGCUCACGUCCGAGUUCAUCAUCUAUCGGCCCGCGAGCGAAGAUGAUGACGAGGAGGAGGAGGAGGGGCGCGAGGAGGAGAUCUACGGCAUCUGGGUCUUUGAGCAGACACAGCGGGCUACAGUCGGCGAGCAGAUGAUCAAGCUGCAGCAGAUGCCGCAGAUGCUCUCCGGUGCACCAUCGAUCGCGAGCGCAGCAGGUGUCGCCGCGCCACCAGCGCCGCAGACGAAUGGCACAGCUGCGUCGGCCAAGCAGGCGAUCAGUCUCGAUGAUCUCUUUGGCGCGCCUGCAGCGAGCGCUGCUUCUUCAUCGCAGCCAAGCGAGCCUGCCCCGCCGGCGCAGCCGAGCGGCCUAUCGCUGCUCGAUUCGAUGUUUCAGAAGGCGUCGCUGAACGGCAAUGGCGCUUCGCCUCAUGCUCCGCCGUCUUCGAACAUGACCGGUAGCUCGUCGUUGCUCGACGACAUCUUCUCUGGUGGUGCUGCGCCGCAGUCCCAAGCACCGCCGGCAUCCGCGCUUCCUGAGCCGACACUGCCGUCACAAGCCGGCUCCUCUUCGGCGCCGACAGAGUCUGCAGCGCCGACUGAGCCGACACAGAGAGAAGCGCCAUCUGCCGCUGGCCUUCUCGCCCUGCUCGGCAUCGGCAAGGCUGCCGCGCCGCCCUCGAAUGGCGGCUCAAGCAGUGCAACCGUGCCGACUGCGCCCGCUGCCUCGUCGCUCUCGUCUGCUGUGCAGCAAGCGGGCCAGAAGCUCUCUCUUGACGCGCUGUUCGGCAACAGCGCCAACGGCGCCAAGCCUGCUCCCUCGGCGCCUGCACCCGCAGCCGCGCCUCCACGAGCGCGGCGGCACUCGCUUCGCGGCCACGCAACGCUCACGCCAAUGAAGUCGCGCAACCCCACAUACGACGCUGCGCGCGCGCCGAGCUGGGAUGAUCUGCCGCGCGUGGCCGGUCAGCCGCACGGCUGUGCCUGGGGUCUAUUCGAUGUCGAUGGGCAGAAGGACGAGCUGGGCACGCUCAACUUCCUGACUGCGGCCAAUGCGGCCAAGGCUGCCGGCGCGGAGAUCAGGACGGGAGAGCGCGUGCAGCUUGACUGGAGCCUGGACCGGCCUGCGGGCGCAGACCAUCAGGGUGCGGAGCUGUCUCAUGAGAUCAUUCACUCAGGAGCGUCGCACAGCAACGCCCAGAAGCUGUCUUUGCCAUCUCAGGGCGGAUCUCGACUUGAGUCUGCCCGCCAUGCUGGCUUCCGCAAGGACGGCCUGUACUACAACGGCUUGCAUCACCGUGACUUCCGCACGUCGCCCGUGGACGCCGCCCGGAGCGGCAAAGAAGCGGUGACGCAGAACGGCACACAUGCCUGGUGCGAUGCAGGCGGCAUCGCCGGCCGCGGCGUGCUCCUCGACUGGUACAGCUGGUACGCCCGCACACAUCCGGGCCAGAGCGUGCCGUCCGCCACCUCUGCGCAUGCCAUCCCUCUCUCGGACCUCUUGGCCUGCGCCAAGGCGCAGGGCACAGAGCUGCGACCUGCCGACAUCCUCUUUGUGCGCACUGGCUUCACGGCGUGGUAUGAGACGGCCAGCAUCGAGGAGCGCGCCAAGGGCGUUCGAGGGCAAGAGGGCAGCAUCGGCGUGCAGAACUCAGAGGAAGUCAGGCGCUGGCUGUGGGACUCGCACUUUGCCCUCGUGGCGGGCGACGCAAUGGACUGGGAGGUGCGGCCAGCAACCGGAUCAGACACGCUCUGGCUACACGAGUGGCUGCUGGCGAUGUGGGGCAUGCCAAUCGGCAAGAUGCUCGACCUCGAGUCUCUCAGCGAGACGUGCGAGCGCCUCGGCCGCUGGUCCUUCUUCCUCACAGCUGCACCGCUACGCCUGCCCGGCGGCGUGUCAUCGCCCGCCAACAUGGUUGCCAUCUUCUAACGAGCCCGCACGGCGGCAGACUAUCAUUAUCCAAUGCUCACGGCAUCACAAGG